CUUAGAUUUUAUCCGGGUUAUAUCACUUAUAUCCCGUCAGACUCAGAUCAUGUAUUAUUCCAUUCUGUAAUGAAAGAGGCGUUUGAAGUGUGCGAUUUAGAAGAUGAUCAAAUUGAUUCAGAAGAUGAUCAAAUUUCGAAUAGAAAAGUGCUCAUCAAAUUUGAUGCUGGCGAGAAGGAGAUAAAAAAAUGUGGGAUCCAUUUAUUGUAUGUUGACAAUUAUGGAGAACCAUCGAAAACAUCCAGAACAAGUGUUGACAGUGCUAGAAAGAAAGGAAAAGAGAAAGAGAAAGAUAAACAGCAAUCAACGGUGAUUGAUACAACUGAACCUCGCUCCAAGAAAUUGAAAAUAUGCAACUACGAAAAUAUCCACUUAAACUUUCUAUUGGACCAGCAGUGAAUAGUGCUACAAUUAAGCCGAGCUAUGCUGACUCUAAUGUGG